UUCUUAAGUUGCCUGAUAGUAAGUGGCGGUUUCAGAGCACAUGCAUGUUGUCAGGGCCAGCCUGCCCCGCCGCUCGCUGAGCUGGUUACUCCGAGCUACCUGCUGGGGAAUUCACCUCCACGUAGCCCGGGGUGUCUUCCACCCGUCCCAGAGUCAGAAAAGUUGUCCUCUCUAACACCAAAGAGGAGAUUUCCCUUUCUGGGGACAAGUGCAAGACACAGACGCGCAAGGACGUGAUAAAAUUCCUAGAAAGAUAAAAUAUGACCAAAAGCAACGGAGAAGAGCCCAGGAUGGGGGGCAGGAUGGAGAGAUUCCAGCAAGGGGUACGCAAGCGGACGCUUCUGGCCAAGAAGAAAGUUCAGAACCUCACAAAGGACGAUGUGAAGAGUUACCUGUUUCGGAAUGCCUUUGUCCUGCUCACGGUCACCGCUGUCAUUGUGGGUACAAUCCUUGGAUUUGCCCUCCGACCAUAUAAAAUGAGCUACCGGGAGGUCAAGUACUUCUCGUUUCCUGGGGAGCUUCUGAUGAGGAUGCUACAGAUGCUGGUCUUACCCCUGAUCAUCUCCAGUCUCGUCACAGGAAUGGCGGCCCUAGAUAGUAAGGCAUCCGGGAAGAUGGGGAUGCGAGCUGUAGUCUAUUACAUGACUACCACCAUCAUUGCUGUGGUGAUUGGCAUAAUCAUUGUCAUCAUCAUCCACCCCGGAAAGGGCACGAAGGAGAACAUGUACAGAGAAGGUAAAAUCGUGCAGGUGACUGCUGCAGAUGCGUUCCUGGAUUUGAUCAGGAACAUGUUCCCUCCCAAUCUGGUAGAAGCCUGCUUUAAACAGUUUAAAACCAGCUACGAGAAGAGGAGCUUUAAAGUGCCCAUCCAGUCCAACGAAACACUUCUGGGCGCCGUGAUCAACAACGUGUCAGAGGCCAUGGAGACUCUGACCCGGAUCCGGGAGGAGAUGGUGCCCGUCCCUGGAUCUGUGAAUGGGGUCAAUGCCCUGGGCCUAGUUGUCUUCUCCAUGUGCUUCGGUUUUGUGAUUGGAAACAUGAAGGAGCAGGGGCAAGCGCUGAGAGACUUCUUUGAUUCUCUUAACGAAGCCAUCAUGAGAUUGGUCGCGGUGAUAAUGUGGUAUGCGCCUCUGGGCAUCCUCUUCUUGAUCGCAGGGAAGAUUGUUGAGAUGGAAGACAUGGGUGUGAUUGGGGGACAGCUUGCCAUGUACACGGUGACAGUCAUUGUUGGUCUCCUCAUUCACGCUGUCAUCGUCCUGCCUCUCCUCUACUUCCUGGUAACCCGGAAGAACCCCUGGGUUUUCAUUGGAGGGUUGCUGCAAGCUCUCAUCACAGCCCUUGGGACCUCCUCAAGUUCUGCCACCCUACCCAUCACUUUCAAGUGCCUGGAAGAGAACAACGGUGUGGACAAACGCAUCACCAGAUUUGUGCUCCCCGUGGGGGCCACCAUUAACAUGGAUGGGACCGCCCUCUACGAGGCUUUGGCCGCCAUUUUCAUCGCUCAAGUGAACAACUUUGACCUGAACUUUGGACAGAUUAUAACAAUAAGCAUCACAGCCACGGCCGCAAGCAUCGGGGCAGCCGGGAUUCCUCAGGCCGGUCUGGUCACCAUGGUCAUCGUGCUGACAUCUGUGGGCCUGCCCACGGAUGACAUCACACUCAUCAUUGCAGUGGACUGGUUUCUGGACCGCCUCCGUACCACCACCAACGUGCUGGGUGACUCCCUUGGAGCGGGGAUUGUUGAGCACUUGUCCCGACAUGAACUGAAGAACCGAGAUGUUGAAAUGGGGAACUCGGUGAUUGAGGAGAACGAAAUGAAAAAGCCUUAUCAGCUGAUUGCCCAGGACAAUGAACCGGAGAAACCCGUGGCAGACAGCGAAACCAAGAUGUAGACUGACAGAGAAGUGCUUUCUUAAGCACCAAGUGCUGGAAACUGUUCUACAAUGUAUCCAUCUCCCUGGGCUUACUUUCCCAGUGAGCUCCUCUUUCCUCCCUACUCUGAUAGGAUUGGAAAAUGUUCAAAACAAAGGAGGGCUCUGCAGCAGCCCAAACCUAUCGGUUUUAGCCCACAUUUGAAAAUUUUAAAUCAUUUCAUAUUAUUCUUACCAAGUAAGUUACUACAAUCAAACUCAGUUUUGAUAUUACAAAUUUAGGUGGCAAACUAUCCCGUGCGAUUGUUUUGUAAGUAAAAGAAUUAAGCAAAUGAUAGGCUACCAAAAAAAAAAGUUUUAAAGUCAACUUUCAAGAUGUAAAAAUCCUUCAGAAUGCAACUGAGUUUUAGUCUUAAAACAUUACAACUUGAUGAGCAAUUAUCAGUUACCCACUGAGUAGCUGAGCGGUUUCCCCUUUCUUCUGGCUCCUGUCCUGACUUUAUCAGCAUCAGGGCAAUCCCCACAUGCACACGGCACAGCUGUGAGGAGGAGCAGAAAGUGAGGCUCCCAAAUGGUCUUGAGUGAGCCUUGUCUCAUCCCUUGGCCUCGGUGUUCUCAUCCAGAAAAUGAGUGACUCCUAGAUAGGUUUCUCUAGCCCAGACUUCUGCAACAUCAGGAAGGACCCUGCCCCUCUAUAACAUGAGGAUCUUAGACAGGACACUUAAUGGCGAUGGACAUUUCUCUCUAUCCUGGGUCCAAAAUGUUGGUUCUGUAAGUAGACAGAUGGAAGGCCAUCCCAGGAGACCCAUUGUUCUGUUUUGUUUUCCAGUACUAGAAGUACUCCUUUCUGGGGUACAGUUCCCAAAUCCAAGGGAAGAUAGCCUCUUCAACUGGCAAUUAGUUGUUUAGGAAAUAAAGAGAAGACUAGCAAGUGUGCUUGUGGUCUUAACUGUGGAACACUAAAGAGUGGAGAAAGAAUAGAGUAUGGCCAACAUUACAAAAGGGAGGAUUCUUUGAUCAGGAAAAGUUGGUUUUCUUUAAAGACUAAAAUGGAGAGCUACAUCUCUACCCUUUUUCUGUUAGCCUAAACACUUCAUCUUCAGUUCCUAAUCAGUCCCCAAAGAAACAAUGUUAGAACACCGCUUCUUCCUUAUCUCACAGUCCAACCAACAACAUCUCUGGGACAGAUUCAUAAGCCGGGUGGGUUGAUGGUCUCUUUUCUGAAAAAGAAAAAAAAAAUUUUUUUGUUGUUUUUUAUUUGUUUGUUUUGUUUUUACUAUUUUAACCAGGCAUUCUUAGGAUGACAAAACAACAUACUUUUUUGGUAUAGAGAUGUCUCUUGAUAAACCAUUCAAAACUCUCAUCUAGAGUGGAGUGUGCUUGUUUAUGUCCCUACCAAAAAAAAAAAAAAAAAAAAA